CAAAUUUUCAUUCUAGCUGGCGGGAGAGAAUAAACGUUUUAAGCUAAUCAAUUAGAAAUCAAGGUCCAUUAUCUAAUCGUAUUUACUCUUAUUGAUUGUCUCUCAAUGGACUGAAUAUUGAAUUUGAAGUAAAGAUAGUAGUAAUAAAAAAUGGCUAAUAUAAAAUUAGUAUCUGCGGGAGAUGAUAUUAAAGUGUGGGACAGUCGAAACUUUGGUUUAUUAAAAACUUUUGAUCCUCAUGAUCAGAAUACAUCAUGUGUCUGUUGGAGCCAUUGUGGAACAUUUUUAACAAGUUGUUCAGAAAAUGAUGACAAGAUAGCAGUUACACAGUUAAAAAAUACCAGUUUUCCAACGUAUGAAAUAAACGUAGAGAAAGGAAAUCUGUGUGUAGAUUUCAACUCCAACUCCCGAUAUAUUUUAUACGGUGGAACGAGCUGUCUUGUUAAUGUUUGGGACCUUAAAACUAAGAAAAUGAAAAAAUCAUUUAAGGAACAUAAAUCAGCAGUAACAAGUGUAGCCUUCAACUGGAAUGAUGCUUACAUUGCUUCUGGUUCUAAGUCAGGGGAGAUAAUUCUACAUAAUUUAAUAACCGGACAAUCUGGUGCUCCUUUAAAGGCCCCUAAAGUACAGGCCAUAAAGCAAUUACAGUACCAUUUCUUUCAUAAAGCCUUGUUUGCUGCAGCCUCAGAUGAUGGAGCUGUUAAUUUAUGGGAUGCUAAUACACGUCAAUUAAAACAUGCCUUUAAAGAUGUCCAUAAAGCACCUGCUACAGGCCUGGCAUUCUCUCCUAUUAAUGAAAUGUUAUUGUUAAGUGUUGGGCUAGAUAAACGAAUAGCUCUCUAUGAUGUACAGGGAAAAGGAAAUUUACGUGUAUUAAUGGCAGAGAGUCCAUUAUCGUGUAUUGAUGUAAUGGCAGAUGGAGGUACGUUAGCAGUUGGUACAACUAGAGGUAAAAUACUAGUCUAUGAUAUCAGACAAGGUCCUAAUCCAGUUCAAAUGUUCAUGGCUCAUUCUGGUCCCAUUUCAACUCUUUCAUUUCAUCCUAAGUCUGCAGCCAGUGAUAGUGGAAAAUCUGCUGCCAAUAAAAAACGUCCACCAGAAACACAGAAAAUGAAACCAGAUAAUCCUCCAGCUGAUCCUAAUAUAUCGAAUCAAGCACUUCAAAUAGUUAAAGAUAAAACUCAGAUUAAACAGAAUGCUGUUAAUACAGAAGACGUGUUUUCACCUAUCAGAGAAAACAUGGGUGUCCAGGGUUCAACCUCUUUUAAUGAUGACUCUCUGUUUCAAAACUCUACCAAUUCUGCUGGUGCUGGAGCAUUUGGAGUUUUCUCCCCUUUACAAGGUAACGGUACUACUAGUAGCCUACCAGGAAAAUACAGCCUUGGUAACAGUCCAUUGGUUAAUAAUAGUUAUCAGGGUGCCAGUUCAGCAGUGAUCUCUCCAGUCAAUGGUAGUAGUAAUUAUUCUGUUCAGUCCUACCAUUCUGAUCCUAGCAUUACCUCUUACAAUGGCAUGAUACAACAAAGGGGUGUAAGUGCAUCUCCGAGUCUGCCUCAGAUACAUGUACAUGAAACAAACAAUACAGCACAGCCCCAUGUCAGUCUCAAUACUAGUCCAAACAGUCAUGCAGCCAGCACGACGGGGGGUAAAAAGGUCAUGUUUACAGACCAAUCGUUCGUAGCUGCGUCGCCUAGUAACCAACAGAUAAACGAUUGUCGACAAGAUUUACGUCAAGAAAUUCGCGAAGCUUGGCAGGAAUCUAAAUCUUCACCACAGAAGCCACAUACAUCGCCUGUGUCUGACCCAGGUUUAUUCCAAACUGAAUUUAUUAGAAACUUGGUGCGUGAAUCUCAAGAAGAACUAAGAGAAGAAAUACAUCGUGAUCUACAGAGUCUACAUAUUGAAAUGCUGAGACAGUUUCAGAUGCAACAGGCAGAGGUAAUGUCAAUGAUGGAACAUUUAUCAUUAAAUAGAGAUUUAGUGAAGGAAGUUGAAAUGUUACGUGAGGAGAACAAACGAUUAAAGAAACAAUUCUGAAUUCCGUAAACUUUCUGUGAUUGUUUUAACCAUUUGAACACUGAGUGUCAGAAGAAUGCAGUGUCAAAUACUUGACUCAAAUGUUGAAGCAUUAAACAAUGGCUUUGCUUGUGCAGGUAUCGCCACAAUUAGGACCAACAGUGUUGCCAUAGUUAUGAAAACAGACGAGAUAUUGAUAUGUGAUAUUGUAAAGUGCAAUUAUCUAAAAGUGCUAGAAUGAAACAUAAGGCAAGGCUAAUCAGCCAGACAGUGCCACAUGUGGAUUUAUUUUUCUAAUGUUUUUGGUGGAGAUGUAAAAUCAAGCAUGGUGCGAAAUAGUAGGAUAUCGAACUUUGAAAGUGAGACACACUGAAUGGAAAAUGUCUGAAAAACUGUAAUACCGUUUCUAACAAAGCUUGUAUGUACACAACAGCAAUUCCUUAAGAAUUCCGCAAAGCUUAGAAGUCAGACUUUGCAAAUUGAGCUUGACUUGUAUGCAAGAAAGCUUAAAAGACUGGUUAAACAAGAAAGAUUUGCACGAUAUUUCUAAAAGGAGGCUUAUUAUUCCAUGCCAAAUAUCACUGCCAAUAACUCAAUAAUAUAACUCUAUAUAAAAUGUAAUAUCAUUUAUUU